UAAGAAGGUUGUGUGUCCAAUAAUGAGGUCUGCCACGAGAACAAGGAUGCCAUGGGUUGUAAGGCCAAUGAAGCAAAGAUUGAGCAAGUGGCAGGAACUGUAGUUCCAGAAGCUAGUCGAACUACGGAUGGCAGCGAGGGUGAAUGCCCCUUGGUCAGGCAUGUCAGAAAGAGGAUGCCAAGGUGCAGCAUUGGUAGGCGAACGAUCAAGAAGUAGGCUAUUACACCACACAAAUAUCCAAUUGUCACUCUGGAAGUGGAUAAUGACAUUUUCAGGCGUAAUAUUAUGAUCAUCAAGAGGCAGAAGACACCUUAGUUGUGGGGAAGGAGUUUAGGUUGGUCUUUGCCCAAAGCGACAAUGAUGUGAUUAGUGUUUUUGUGGGUUUAGAAGAGGAGACACAAGAUGGUUUCAACAUUUGGAAUUCCUAACCAGGGUUGUUUACUUGCGGAAAAGAGUUCUUCCUUGUGGUCUUACAUUACAGACCUUGAAAGCAAAUAUAAAUCUGGUUAUAUAGACGAUGAAGCUGAGGAAAAGAGUUUGUCUCAACCAUCUUCCAAGAUGAUGGAGCAUCACAGCAUGGAAAAUCACGGGGAUGAUGACAUUGGAAGUGAAGAUGUAGGCGUGUUCACCGUAGAUGACGUACGUGCUUUCCAUGUAGGGAGGAAACUGAGCACCUUCUUUUCCAUCAGAAACCCUUCUCUUUAUCCUGGAAUCUUGCCUGGAGAAAUAGCUGAUUCGAUCCCUUUUUCAUCAUCAGAAACCUCCAAAAUUCUCCAAUUCUUCUCAGUCUCUCCUGAGUCACCCAAAGGCAAAGCCAUUAAAGAUACACUUAGAAAAUGUGAAAUUGAACCAGCCAAAGGGGAGACCAAAAUCUGCGCUACCUCUUCAGAAUCCAUGCUUGAAUUUUUGAAGAAUGCUUUCGGGGAGUCUGAUUUCAAGUUAAUAAGCACAAGCCACCCGACGAUGACAACCCCAACAUUGCAGAGUUACACAAUUUUAGAACCUCCUCGAGAGAUUGAGUCUCCAAAGAAAGUGGCAUGUCAUCCCUUGCAAUAUCUUUACGCAAUUUACAUGUGGCAUUACGAUGCCACUGAGACCAAGAUUUUCAAAGUCCCGCUAGUUGGUGACAAAGGAGAAAAAGUGGAUGCUCUCAUUGUUUGCCACAUGGAUACUUCAGCUUGGAGCCCUAAACAUACCGCAUUUAGCUUGCUUGGUACCAAGCCUGGAAUCCCUGUUUGCCAUGCUUUUUCUGAAGGUCAUGGUGUUUGGAUUAAAUCCUCUAUGCCUGUUGCUACCAUCUAA